AUGAAGUCGACGAAGCUGAAAAAGAAUUUUGAAAGAAAUGAGGAGAAUAAAAACAAGCGGUCAAAUAAUGAUAACAUAUCUAAUUUGAUGAAUUUAAAAAUAAAGAAUGAGAAUAUUCAUAUAAAAAAUAUAAUAAGAACAAUACAUUAUGUAUAUACAAAUAAAUAUGAUAGUGAGACAGGAUUUACAUACAUUAAAGAUAUUUUAAAAAAUAUAAUAAAAGGUAAUGUAUAUGAUAUAGUAUAUAAAAAGUAUAUAAAUCCGUAUUGUAUUUACGAGAUAUGUUCUCGUAUUCUUUUAAAUAUAAUAAAAGUAAAUAAUAAAGAUGAUAAUUUUAAUAAAAUUGUAGAAUUUUUAUUUGAUAUAUUAUAUUAUUGUGAUAUAAUAUUAAGUGAAAAUAAAAAUAAGAAAAAACAAAAUAAUCAAAAUUAUAUGGAAGGUACUAGUAAUGUUCAAGAAUAUGAAUUAAUAACAAGGUUGUGGAAUCGAUUAUUAGAUAAUGUUUUUAUUAAAGAUAAGAAACAAAGAAUAAAUAUGUGUAAAGUUAUUAAAUCAUUAGUUAAAAAGGCAUGUGCUUUACAAAUUGAUGUAUCAAAUAAAUUAUGUAAAAAGCAUGUAAAUAUUUUUUUAUCUUUAUUAAAUGACAAAGAUCAUAAUGUGAGAGUUUUAUGUUUGAAUAUAUUAGAACCUUUUCAAGAUUUUAAUACAAAAGGAAGCUUUUUAAAAUGUCUUGAUGAUGUACAUAAUAUGGUCAGAAUUAAUGCCAUAAAAAAUAUUUCAAUAAAUGUAGAGGAUUAUACAACUUCUACUUCCCCCAACAAUAAUAAUAAUAACAACAACAAUAAUAAUAACAACAAUAAUAAUAAUAAUAAUAAUAAUAAUAACAAUAGUGAAUAUUUAAUAAUCUUGAAAAAUUUUUUAAUAAGAAUAAAUGAUAUUAAUCAUAAUGUUAGAAGUAGUGUAUACGAUAAAUUAAAGAACUAUUAUUUUUAUAUUCCUUCAGAUAUGAAAUUUGAAUUGUUAUUAUGUGGAUUAAACGAUAAAGAGAAAUCCGUUCGAGAAAGUUGUUAUCGAAUGAUUUUACACUGGGUUCAACAUUUUGAUGAUAAAAUAGAAAAUUUAUUAUUGCAUAUUUUAAAUAGUGAUAUAGACAAUGAUUUGAUCGUAGAACAGAUAUGCAAAGUACAUUUGAAUAAUAUACGUAAAGAUUUAAUUAAAAGUGUAAGUAUGGAACUUUAUGAAGAAAAAAAAGAAUAUGAUUGUAAGAAUUUAAGAAAUGAUACUAGUACAUAUAAUGAAAAUUGGUUUAAUUAUUGUUUAAAUAAUUUAUUUUCUUUAAAUAUAGCCGAAUUAUAUAUGUUCCGAAUUUACGUUCAACAUUUUUCAGAUGAACAAGAGAAAGAAAAAAUUGAUGCUCUACAAGUUAUUAAUACAAUAUAUUAUUAUUUGUAUCUUAGUAGGUUUAAUGAGAAAUUAUAUUAUAAUAGAAAAAAUUAUAUUAAUUGUGUUGAAAAUAAUGAUGGAGAUCAAUCAUAUGAACAAUCUUUAGUUUGUACUUGUGGAAAGGGUAACAUAUAUGUAAAUACUAUUGAAGAUAACCAAAAAAAUAAAUACAUACAAACGUCCAUAUUUGAUGAUGAUUUCUGUGAUAAAUGUAUAUAUUACCGUACGGUAAUCAAAACGUCUGAUUCUAAUGUUCACAUGAAUGAUGAACAUAAUAAUGAUGCUAAUCAGUGUAACAACAAAGGAGAGGAAGAAUCCUCAAAUACACAUGAAAAUGUCUUAAUAAAUGAAGAUAAUAUAAAUGAAAAUUAUAAUUAUUUAUGUAAUAUAAAAAAUUUGCUUCUAAUAUGUAAAUAUUUAGAUAUCAUCGAAAUUUAUCAAGUCGAAAAAAUUUUAAAAUGCUGUUCUACUAUUUUAUUAACCGGUCCCCUGCGAGAAGUUAUUAUCAAAGGAAUGCUCAAUAAUACGGGAGUAAAUUAUUACAAGUUACAAAAAGGACAUAUUACAUGUGCCUAUUGGCUAAGUAAUAGCUACAUAUAUGCAUGUAUAGAUUUAUUAAGACAAAUGAUAUAUAUAAAAAAUAAGAAUAAUGAUGUGAAUGAUAUCGAGAUAAAUUUAACGAACCAUGUUUUAGGUAUUAUAUCUGAAAUAAAAGAACCUUUUGAAAAUAAUGAAGAGAAUGAAAAUGUUUUUAUACAAGAAAAGGAAGUAAUAAAAGAAUUUUCUGAUGAACCAAAUAGGUUAUCUAAAAAUUAUAAAUCUUUUGAACAAGUGGAUACGAAUCCCUUAACAGUAAUAUUUAGUAAUAUAAUGAAUGUUGAGAAUGAUAGUAUAUUUGAUAUUAUAAGGAAGAAGCAUUUAAAUAGAUUAUCUAUUGAGCAUUUAUUAAUUUUGUGUAAAAAAAUGCAACAUAAGUUAGAUGUGACGGAGGCAAAAAUUAAGGACUUAUCAGAGAUGGAGAAGGUAAAGGAACAAGAAAGGGUAAAUAAUAAUAAUAAUAAUAAUAAUAAUAAUAUUAAUAGUUUUGGUUAUGAUGACAAUAAUGGAAAUAAGAAAAAUGGUGAUAUUAAUAAUACAUGUAAUACAUCAAUGCAUGUGUAUGCUUUCCAUGAACAGAUAAGAUUUCACACAGAAAUAUUCCUAAAACAGAUUACUAUGUUAAGUUUAUUAAGAUUAGAAUUGAAAAGAAGAUGGUUAAGGAUAUUAUUUAUUUUAGAAUGUUUUUUAUGUAAAAGUAAAUCACAUUGUUCUUUUGAUUCAGCUCUUCGUGAGUUUCCAAAUGAAUUAUUAUUACCUGCAUUAAAUUUUUGUUGUUCUGUUAUGCCAGAAUGGGAUGAUAAAGAAAUUGAAGAUCAGUUUUAUGACAUUUUAGUUUCUAAAUGUUUAGGGAAUUGGUGUAUGUUUAUAGGAAAUGAUGAAGAAUUAAAGAAGCAAAUAUAUGCGUACAAAACAGCUAUUGUCGAUACAUGUGAAGUAUUAAAUAGUUGUUUAUUAAGUAUAGAACAGAUACAUUCAAGUGUAUAUCCAAAUAUAUAUAAUAAGGGUAAUAUAGAUAUUAUGAAUAUUAAUGAUAAGUUAGAUGUGAACCUAAAUAGCAGUACUAACCAAAACAAUAAUAUGAACAAUAUGAACAAUAUGAACAAUAUGAAUAACAAUAAUAAUAAUAACAAUUGUGAUGAAGAUGUAAAUAAAAAAAACUACAUAUUUUAUGAAUAUAAUUCUCCCAACGAAUAUUUACUAAACUAUUUUUCAACGAACCAAGAUGCGUGGUAUGAUUAUAAAGAAUUAUUAGAAAAGUUAGAAAUAAAUUCUCUUAGAUGUGAGAUAUAUAUUUGUGUUUUAGGUGAUCUUUUAAUGACACAUCCAAAUUUAAACAAUGAUGAAUUAAUUGUUGAUGCUGUUGAAAGCUUGUGGAAUUAUUUAAACGGUAAUUUGAAUACAAGCAAAUAUAUUCAAUCCAUAUGUUUAAGAGUUAUUUGUAAAUUAUUAUUAACAGAAUAUUUAGGUAAUCAUGUAUAUAAUAUUACAAAUGAAGAAUUAUAUAUAUUAAUAAAAAGAUCAUCCAAUAAAUUAAGAGCUUUAUUUGAAAUGUGCUUUUUAAUAUCCCCAGCUACAUAUAAUUGUGUACAAGAUUUUAAAAAAAUUAGUACCUAUAAUAUGACAAAUAUAAAUUCACAUGAUAAGUUAUUUCUUUUUUCUAUAUUUUCUAUGUAUCCAUCUAUGAGUGAAAAUAAUUUAUUAAUAUUUCAUUAUACUUUUGAACAAAUUAUUUUUAAAACAUCAGAAGCCGUUUUAAAAUAUAAUUUAAAAACAUCACAUUUUACAAACAUAUUAACCUUUAUGAUAUUUACUAUUUUACAUAAAGCCAAUACUAACUUCCUAGUGUAUAACAUGGCAAAAUAUAUUAAGUGGAUACUCCUCAUUAUAAUCGAAAAGGGUAUAGCUCUAACCAACAGAUCCAAUAUUAUAGAGCUUGUCUAUAAAAUAAUACACAUAUAUUUAUUUCAAGAUUUAACAGAUAUGCAAAAUAUCCAAAAAAAAAAUUCGUAUGAAACAAAAGAAGUAAAAAAAAGAGGAAGAAAAAAAAAAAAAAAUUUAAACGAAUCAAUUGAUGAAACAAAUGAACAGCAAACGAAAUAUCUAAAUAAAAAUAAUUCUUUAGAAACCAAUAUUACAAAUGAUACAAAUUUAGAUCAACAAACAGAUGAACAAAAAAAAAAGGAAAAUGAUGAAUUUAUUAAUAAGAAAAAAAUUAUAAAUGAAUUCAAAUCUACUAUAUUAUUUAGAAGUGCUGAAAUAAAUGUAAAUGAUACUAUUAAAGAUUUAAAAAGUUUUUAUGUUUUAAUCAAUUUUUGUAUGCAUUCAUCUGAUAUAAUUAAAUCAAAGAAUGAAAUCAGAUAUUGUGAAGUACUUAAAGAGUCUAUAGACAAUAAAAUCGAACAAAUGAAACAGUAUUUUAUUAAAAAUAAUUUAAUAAAAAAUUACAAUUAUUUUGUAGAAAAUAAUGAUAUUAAUCAAGAAAAAGCAAAAACAGAUAAUUCACAGGACAAUCUUCUAGAUUUAAAGAAAAUAAAUGAACUAAAAGAAGAAACGAUAUAUGAGGAAAUUAUACAAGAUUAUGUGAAUUAUAUAGAAGCUUUGCAUAAUAGAAAUUUUGUAUAUCCUUUGAUUCCACGGGGUUUAGGUGUAGAUAUAAAUGAUGAUCGAAUGACUACCAAUGAAAUAUUAAACGAAAUAAAUAAUAAUAAUAAUAAUGAUAAUGAUAAUAAUAAUAAGGAUAAUAGUCCGGUAAAUAGAAGUUUAGAAAAUAUGAUUAAAAUGAGAGAUGUUUUAAGAAGACAGCAAAGAAUUAGUGCAGUUUCGAAUAUGCACACAAAUAUUGAUUCUAAAGUUCCUAAGGAUAUUGAAACGAAUACGUAUGAUGAUAUUAAUCAUAAUGAAGAUAUUCAAAAUGUUAUUCAUUCUGAUAGUAAAGACGUAUCUGAACCAAUGGAAGACAUGGCAGAGGUGAAUCACAUAAAUGAUUUAAACAAUGAAAAAGUAGAAAGUAUUAAUAAGAGUAAGAGUAAAUAUGAAAAUAUUUCGAGUAUAGAAACUAAUGAGAAUGCAUUAUCCCUUAGAAGUAAUGAUAAUAUUACAUACGUAUAUAAGGAACAAUCUACACUCAGAAAUGAAAGUAAAGAAGAAAUUAAUAGUAUUAAGGAAGAUACGCACUUGGAUAAUUAUCAACAUAAUAAUAGUAUAAAAAAAAAAAUUGCAGAAAUGAAUUCAAGUUCUAGUGAUGAAAAUACAGAUAAUGAUAAUGAUGAUUCUAGCAUAAAUGAAUAUGCAAGUGUAAAAAAUUAUCAUUCAGAUUUAGAUGAUGAAAAUAAUAAAAGUGAUGGUAGUAGUCUUAAUUCAAAUGAUUCAACAGCUAUGGCCUUUAAGCGUUUAAAUAAACUAAGAAGAACUAGUUAUACAAAUGUUGUUUCGAAGUAA